AUGAGUAGCAGCUGUAACUCAGACAGCAAUAGUUCUACAAGUAAAUUGGAAAUAACUAACGAACCACCACCUGCUGCUGCUACUACCACUACUACUGAACUUGAGUGUUUUAAAUUUGAAAAUAAUAAUAUUAAUAACCAUCCGUAUGAUACGUAUGACAAUAAUACAAUGUCUAACAACAAUUUGAGUAGUGAUAAUGAUAAUCAUGAUGAACAAGCUAUGUCGAGCAAUAUGUCAAUAUUAAAGACUGCUAAUAACAAAUCUCAGUGCAACCUCAUGAAUUCUCAAUUGAUUAAUCAUCAGCAUCAUCACCAGAAUAGUAAACUAAGUUCCAGUAGUACUGUACUCCCUUACCAAAGUCAAAAAUCUCUUGUUCUCCCAAAUGAAUUUUUUUUACUCGAUGAAAUUAUUUGUUACUGCAAUUCGUGUUACAAAGUCGACAGCGAUGGAGCUACUUGUAAGGAAGGAGAUCUUCCAACAGAGUUUGCUGUUCCCAUAAGGUGGGUUAGCUUUCUUCUUAAACAGACUAUCAAUACUAAUCAAAUUCCUCAGAGUACUACUGAUAAAUGGAUUAUCGAUCACGGGGAGUUAUUACCCAUAAAACAGUUGGACUUCAGUAAUUUAACAACAAUUUUCGAUAGAGAAGAUCAAAAUCCACAGUUUGUAUUUUCGCCAAAUAUCAAAUACAUUGACAUUCAAUCAAAUAAAAAAUUAAAUGCUUCAAUGGCGUUUCAAUUACUGGUGAAAUCUGGAUCUUACAUGAUGGAUUUAGAUAAACAGCACGGAGUAGAACCAAUUGAAUAG